AUUCAGCAGCCUCUAAUUACAGGCAGGCUGUCGUGGCUCCGUGUAAUUAUCUGUCUGUCUCCUCUCGGCUGCCAUCCAAUCGAUAUUUUAUUCUUCAAUUGCAAAGAUGUUUAUGGAAUUAUUCUCUUUUCUUUUUCGCAGCACUUCUCCGAGCUCCUCGACGACCUCUCCCAUGAUGCUUUGCUGGGCCAGCUGCUCAGCGACCCUUUCCUGUCCGGAGUGAGGGGCGGCGUGGAGGCCAUGGAGGGGGAGGACGGGGGAGACCUGUCCCCUUCGUCCCCUCUGCCUCCUCACAUCACGGCCGAGCACAGCUACUCGCUCUGCGGGGACAGCCGGCCUCAGUCGCCGCUGUCGCACCUGACCGGAGAGCACGGCAGUGAAGCAGGAGAGUCUGACGGGGAUUCAUCCGAGUGGCCGAUGGAGCAGGACGAGGCCAUCGAAAGCCUCCUGUGCGAGACCCCCUCCCUCCUCCCCACCCUCUCCCUCUCUCUGACCACAGCGGGGGCCCCAGCACCCGAGGACCCCACCGUGGCCCCUGCUGCUGCUGCUGCUGCUGCUGUUGCUGCAGUUCCAUCCACCCCAGUUCAACCCCCGGUGAACAGCAACAACCAGGGCAAAGGCAUCAAGAUUAAGGAGGAGAACAUUGUCCCCCAGAUAAAACUGGAACCUCAUGAAGUGGACCAGUUUCUCAAUCUUUCCCCCAAAGGUCUGGAGUCUCUACAGAUGCCUCCCACUCCUCCCAGCUCCCACGGCAGCGACUCAGAGGGCAGCCAGAGCCCCGUUCACGCCCCGCCCAGCCUCUCCUGCCCCACCUCCCCCACCAGCCCUCCACCAUCACAGGCCAGCCUGAAGGUGUCGCCCCGCACUGCUUCAUGUCUCUCCAACUCCCCUCUGCUCACCGCCCCUCAUAAGCUGCAGGGGUCGGGUCCGUUGAUCCUGACUGAAGAAGAGCGCCGCACGCUGGUGGCCGAAGGUUAUCCUGUCCCCACCAAACUGCCGCUCACCAAAGCCGAGGAGAAGGCGCUGAAGAAGAUCCGCAGGAAGAUCAAAAAUAAGAUUUCAGCUCAGGAGAGUCGCAGGAAGAAGAAAGAGUACAUGGACACUCUGGAGAAGAAGGUGGAGAACUGCUCCAACGAAAACCACGAGCUGCGGAGGAAAAUGGAAACUCUGGAGUGUACCAACAAGUCUCUGCUGCAGCAGCUGCAGUCGCUGCAGGCGAUGGUGGCCGGCAAAAUCCCCAAAUCCUGCCGGGUGGCUGGUACCCAGACCUCCUCAUGCCUAAUGGUGGUCGUGUUGUGUUUCUCUCUGUUUUUGGGGAGUUUCUACCCCAGCAGUUUGACUCCGGCCUCCAGCGUCACUGAAACCGGCUUCACAUCCAAACAGCUGACUGUCAAAGACUCGUAUUUGGCUACAGUAAAAUCGAGGAGUCUGUUAUCGACCUUCGAAGAAGAGCAGCCGCACCUCCUCGGCCUGGGAGGAGAAUAUCCCGACCAAUGGGAGGACACGUCAGCUGUCGUCAUGGCGGCGUGGCGCGCUCAGCAACAAAAACUGGCGUGGAGCCGGCAGGGGGAGACACACCCGCUUUUCAGGAGCAAAAGCAACGACACGCAGACAUCGAAAAACCUGCUCAUGGAUAUGCCACAGCGGGCGAACGAGAGCAGCAGUAAAGUGAUAGAGCUGGAGCGAACGGUCAACGAGACCUCCUGAGGUUCAUGUAAACAAGCCCCCCCCCCCCCCACCCUAAACCCUGUGAUGACCCCCCUCCUCUCUGGAGC